AUGAGGACAUCCGCUGAGGACGUCAAGGCAGCCUUUGCGUCGCCAAGAGCUUUCAAAGAGGCGAUCAAGGUCCGUGAUGCCCCCCCUAAAGGCUCUGCAUACUUCAACGAGGACCUACUUCCUACGCCGCCAGAGAAGAGAACAUGGAACGCGCUGCACUUCUUCAGUUACUAUCUAACUCAAACGUUCAGCUCUGGUUCCUACAAUCUUGGUGCAACUCUUAUCUCGAUAGGUCUCCAGUGGUGGCAUGGAAUAAUCGCUGCAGUUAUUGGCUCCGCCAUACUCAGUGUCGUGGUGAUUCUCAACUCAAGGGGCGCAACGAGAUAUCAUGUAGGGUUUCCAGUCUAUGUACGAGCUUCGGCUGGCGUUGGUGGCUCAAAACUGUUCAUCGCCGUUCGGGCUUCUGUUGCCAUAAUCUACUUCGCAACCCAGACUUAUUAUGGUGGAAUGAUCACAGCAGUCUGUCUCCGGGCUAUAUUUGGGUCACUGUGGGAGAACAUCCCGAACACACUACCAGCCAGCGCAGGUAUCACCUCGAAGAAUCUCCUGGCAUUCUUCAUCUUCUGGAUCAUCCAGUUCCCUGUCAUGUUCUUGCACCCAACAAUCCUCCGUCAUCUCUUCGUUGUCAAGGCUGUCUAUACGACGACUGCACUCUUCGGGUUGAUGGGCUGGGCAAUUCACCAGAACGGAGGCGCCAUUGGUAACUUUAGCUUUACCACCACUGCGGUGGCAUUGAGUGGGGGCGCCUUAGUGUGGCCGAUGAUCCAGGCCAUCAACUCAGUCAUGGGAGCUCUCUGCCCUAUACUGAUCAACCAGCCCGACGUCGCUCGAUACGCAACCAAUCCUCGGCAGGCAACCUGGUCCCAGGCGACGGGUAUCUUGCUAUCCAAAGUCAUCGUCAUGUUUGUGAGUUGCGCGACCACGAGCGCGACCACAGGUUUCCUGGGCAAGUCGUACUGGAACGUCUGGGAUCUAUACGACGCCAUUCUGACGCAGUACUGGUCUCCCGCUGCCCGGGCGGGCAUCUUCUUUGUCGCCCUCGGCAUGGUGCUCGCGACGAUCGCCACAAACGCGGGCAGCAACUCCUUGCCCGUGGGCGCCGACAGCAGCGGUCUGUGGCCGCGGUAUAUCAACAUCGUGCGAGGACAGGUAAUCUGUGCUUUGCUGGCGCCUCUCUGCGUGCCGUGGAAGAUCAUCGCGAGCGCGAACUCAUUCCUCACGUUCCUGGGGUCAUACACGGUGUUUCUCAUGCCCAUCUGCGGUGUGAUGAUCGUGGACUACUGGGUCAUUCGCCGUGGCAACUUCCAUGUGCCAAGUCUCUUCUCCAAGGUCCAGGGUACUCCGUAUGCCUAUGCCAACGGCUGGAACUUCAGGGCCGUUGCUGCCUGGGUAGCUGGUGUUGCUUUCACAGUUCAUGGCAUCGCCGGUGCGCUUGACCCUUCGGCCGUCAACCAGGCGAGUAAGAACAUGUAUAAGCUUGGUUUCCUCCUUUCGCUGCUUAUGGGCUCGUUUGUGUUUUACAUCCUCAACCUCAUCUGGCCCGUCCCUCUGUUCCCUGAUUCACGGAUCGGUGAGGGCCAGAACACAUUCGAGUACAUGGCUGACUCCGAAGGGUUCUUCGCGGGUGAAAGCGUGGAGGACAUUCGUGGCGUCUUGAAAGGAACAAGACCCGAAGUAGUCCCAGCGAAUACUCACGACAUUGGAUAUGGCAAGAGGCACUUGGACGAGAAAACUCUUCAGGUGGUUGUAUGA